AUGGCGCAUUCCAGGCAGGCCGGAGGAAUCCCUCACUCCCCGCGAAGCCUAGUUGGUCUGCGAGACGAAGAGCAAAGUAUCGUCAGGAACAGCCAGGAGCUCUUGGCAUCCGACCGGCUGUCAAACCUCGCGAGCAAGGAGCUGAGGCUGCAGACGGAGAGUAAGAGGACCUCGGAGGCGUUAGACUGGCUGGACAGGAGGCUUGAAGCUGAACUGAAGGCUGCAAGCAAAGAUCGUCUUCACUCGUAUCACCAGGAAGGAAUCGAUUCCGACAUCCACGAGACGCACUAUGACGAGCUGCUCCCUGCUCACGCCGAGCUCGAGAUUCUAAAAUCCAAGUUUUCAGCCCCGAGGAAGUCUCGAGCACAGCAGCUGCGAGAGCGAAUCGAACGCCGAGGGGAGUAUCAGGCUGCUGCAGACAAGCAUGGGGAUGAAAGUUUCCGGCCUGACAGCUCUCGCUCCCAUCUCUCCGAGGAUGGGCUGCACAAGCUAGAGCAGAUCAGGACAGGCAAGCAUGCUUCAGGCCGCCAGCAGCACGUUCCGGAGGAAGAAGUCUCGCUCUGGGCGGACAAGGCCCACAGGCAGGAGGCCUCAACAAUCUAUGUGAAGCCGUUUCCCGACCUCUAUACUCUCUCGACCCCAGGCCGGUGCUCUGCAGCUCCGCACAUCUCGCAGAUCUACGAAAACAUCUUCAUCAACGAUGUUGAGGACACGCUUGGAAGGACUUGCGUGAGGACAACGGACAGCCCCGUCUUCAUUACGAUCAUCAUCAACGAGAAGUGGGACAAAGUGAACGGCGGGGAGGACACAGUCGGGGAUCCCACGAACCUCGGCCGUCGGUCUCACUACGAGAGGCUGCUGCUACAGAGCAUCAGCUCGAGCUUGCAGGUUCCGAUCUAUCGCUUCCAGCUCGACGAGCUGUACCCGGGCCCCUCCUGGUAUCGUGUUCAUGAGCUGCACAUCCACCUCGUCAUCUUGCCGGACCCAGCUGGGACGGGACCCCCCUGCUCCGAGAUAGCAGCGAACCUCGUCAGACAGGCCGAGGACAGCACGAGCGUCCUCCGGCGCAACUCGGCGACGUGCUUCAUCGUGCGCGUCACUGUGGAAAAUAGGGCUGUGCGCAGACCGACGAGCUCGCCCUCUGACCAAGAGUUUGGCUUCUCCUCCGUGGAUUUCAGAGCGCACGACGGACCCGUUAGACUUCCCAGCACCGAGGAGCGGGAGUCCCUAAUCCCAAAGGUCCACCAGCAGAGAGGCUUCAUCGUCCCCGCUGGUCUUGUCUCCGCCGAAGCAACGGGCAAGGAUGGAUGGAGGGAUGAAGCUAGUCUCAAGGGUGAAUAUCCUCCCCAAUAUGGUGCCGUCGACGCCAAUGCCGAGAAGACUUGGCUCCCUCGCCGCUGGAGGAUCUUCUGGGCAUCAGUAGGCGUCACUCUCGUCUUCAUAGGCUGGUUCUUCUACAUGUUCUACGAGUAG